AUGUUUCGCUUUGCUGCCCCCGGAGUGUCGCUCGCCCUCGGGAUUGUCGCCGCCUCCUCCUGCCAGCGCGCCUCCGCCUCCACCACCUCCUCCUCCUCCACCGGCGCUGCCGCUCCUCGCGGCGCAGUAGCCGCGGAAAGGGAUUCUGCGGGGAAAGGCGGAAAGGGAAGCUCGGGGGGGGAUGCGGGGGGAUCUGCGGCGGACGGCGAGCAGCGGCGAGUGAUUGUAGCGGUGGAUCACAGUCGAGAUAGCUUGCACGCCGUGGAUUGGGCGAUCGAGAAUCAUUUGCGACCGUCCGAUCUGGUAACGAUGCUGCAUGUGCAAUCGCCAACGGAGGCCCUGACUGCUCCCGGAAUCUAUGCAGCUCUGGGCGACACGACGAUGAGUGAGGCGGCCAUGGAUCAGCUUCUUGUGCGCACGGAGGAGCGACAGAGCGCCGUCAACGCGGAGCUCAAGAGACUGCUGCUGCAGCGCUGCUCCACUGCAGAGUUGCAGUGCGAGGUGAGGGUUGUGCGCGAUGCAGACCCGCGGGAGAGGAUCGUGUCUGAGGUGGCGGAUAGAGAUGCUGACGUGUUGAUUCUGGGCAGCCGGGGUAUGGGGCCCGUGAAGAGGAUGCUCAUUGGGAGCGUUUCAGAUUAUUGUGUCAACCAUGCCCCUUGUCCUGUGGUAGUAGUAAAACCGUCUGCCUCGAGCUGA